AUGUUACGUGUAUGUUAUCCUAUUAAAUCGCAAUAACAUACAAAUUACUAGGGCUGUGCACGAAUUAGUGGUGACUCGAAUUGAGAUUUGAGUGGUUGUGAAAAAGGCAAUUAUCAAAUCAGAAUUUUCCACACAUAACAUCACGUAGUUUUCUUGAAUAUUCUGUAUCAGGAAAAAUGUAUACGAUAAUGUCCAAGAUGGCGCAUACCCGUGCGGAUGCCUCGGUUACAUGCUUUCUAGUAUUGUCUACGUUUUUGUGUUUUUCGUUCGUCUUUGGAGACAUUACGCGACUCACUUACACAAGGGAAGACUCCGGUCUAUGGCGCGUGGAGGCGAAGACGGCGCCACAGAGGGAAGCGAGACGGCAUCGAAGUGAAGCUCCGCAAGAGAGGAUACAGAUUGGCGUUCCCGUCGAUCCACCUCGCGAAUCUACGCUCCCUACCCAACAAAAUGAACUAGCUUCAUCUUCUGAUGAAGACCAGUAAAGAAUUCGGACGUUCCGCUGCCCUGUGCUUUACGGAGACUUGGCUUUGUGAGGCUGUCCCCGAUGGCGCCGUUAUGCUUCCCAGCUUCCAUCUUCACCGGCCAGACCGCGUCAUGGAUUUAUUGGAGCACACAAAAGGCGGCGGGAUAUGCUUUUAUAUCAAUGAAAAAUGGUGUACGGACAUCUCGGACCUCAGCACACACUGCAGCCCGCAUUUCGAGUUGUUGUUUUUGAACUGGAAGCCAUUCUACUCGCCGCGUGCCAGUGAUGCCGCCGCAGGGACCCUGUGUGGGGAGCCCUCAGCCCCACUGAGACGGUGCCAGCAGCCCAUUCUAUUUCCCAAGAACCCUCAGCCGGAGCUGACCACCAUCCACAACUCUGGAGCCGCUUUGGUGUGGAACCAAAGACAAGAGGAGGAGAAUGGCCAAGAACAAGCAAACAAUGAGUGCCCCGACAACGGGGAGGCAGAUCAGGAGGAGCAGGAGGCGCCACAGCCCUCCGCCCCGUCGGGAAGUGCCAACUCUGGCGCGGGCAGCCGAAGAAACCCACCCGGUGGCAAGUCCAGCCUCAUCCUGGGUUGAGAGACCCUUCUCCUCUUCUUUUUCCUCUUCCAUUUGAACACAAUUUUUUUAUUUUUCAAAGAUAAAUCCCCCCUCCCCACAUCACUCUCUUCCUCUCCAUCACUUGGGUCCUCCGCACGGGCAUGUCCUCCUCCUCCUUUCUAAUGCCAACAUGUCCUUUUAAUCCUUUUUUUCUAUUAAAGAACUGUCAAUAAAAGCACUUUACGUAUCUCUGUGCCCUCCUUCCUGCCCGUUCAAGCCGCUUCUGUAGUCCUUCGCACCUGCCGGGGAAGGCAUGACAUUUAGCUCGUCUCCCCCCCCCGUUCGUCCGUGUUGUAAAUGCUAAAAACAAAACAAAACUGAAUUGUUGCGUGAAUUUCUAAAUACAAUAAAGACUGAUAUGAAUUU